AAAAAAUCACAGACAUUUCUUGUGGGUGCUGGGCGGGUGCUAUGGCUAUUAUAGGGGGAGCUACAGCACCACCUAGCUCCUCCCUGGCGCCGCCACUGCGUGACCGACACAAAAACAACAACGAUGGCGAUGGCGAUGACCAAGUUCAGCCAGGUGCUGAACAUUGAGCGGGUGAAGGAGCUGGAAACCUGGCUAAAAGCAACCAAUACAAAGCUGACUCAAGUAAAUGGCCAGAGGAAGUAUGGAGGACCGCCUGAGGUGUGGGACGGACCCACCCCAGGACCCCGCUGUGAGGUGUUCAUCAGCCACAUCCCGCGGGACGCCUACGAGGAUCUGUUGAUCCCCCUGUUCAGCUCCGUGGGGCCUCUCUGGGAGUUCCGGCUCAUGAUGAACUUCAGCGGACAAAACCGUGGCUUCGCCUACGCCAAAUACGGCAGCUCGGCUGAAGCUACCAGCGCCAUCCGCCUGCUGCAUGGUCACCUGAUGGAGCCCGGCUUCCUCCUCAGUGUCCGCCGCAGCGUGGAGAAGAGGCAUCUCUGUAUAGGAGACCUGCCCGCCGUCACCAGGCAAGAGGACCUGCUGCAGGUGCUGCGUGUCCUUACCGAAGGCGUGGAGCGAGUGUCUCUGAAGGCGGGGCCUGGUAUAGAGGGGGUGUGUGCUAUAGUCGCCUUCUCAUCCCACCAUGCUGCGUCCAUGGCCAAGAAGGUUCUGGUGGAAGCAUUCAAGAGGAAGUUUUCUCUGACUAUCUCAAUCAAGUGGCUUUCUGCAAUGAAGCCAAGCCCAGACGAGACACUUCCUGCCCUGGUGCCUUCAAGCGGCCUCCUGCCAUCACCCAUCAAGCCGCCACGUCACCUCCUCAACUCUCCACAGCCGUCUGUCCUGCCUCUGUGCCAGGCCCGCCGUCCAUCCACCCCGCCGGGUUUCUGCAGAGCAGUGGGAGGACCCACUGUCCCCAAGUACCCUCCCUCCCCCAGCUCCUUCACCACCUCCUCCUCCUCCCAAGUGUCUCCAGGAUCAUCAGCAUUCCCCGUGUGGCUCCUGCUUAAGAUAAAUGAGGCGACUGAGAUACACUACAGCCACACUGGGCCUGAUGGGUUCCUCUGCUACAGUUACAGGGUGUAUAUCCCUGGGAUAACCAUGGCCUUCGAAGGAGAGGUAAUGAUCUUGCCAGGACCGAAUGAGUCCACUUUGAUGAAGGAAGCCCAGCAGGCUGCAGCCCAGCAGGUGCUGCACAGGCUGUACAACAAGGGGCUCAUCCGCUGACCAGUGUGUCUCCAUCGGCACUGUUGUCGGUUCUGUUCUGUUAAUGAUCUGUACAGAUGAUGUUUGAUCUUACACUCAGUUUAAUUUAUGCAUGCUUUUAUUAGUAUAGACUUGUUUGUGUUGUUUGAACUUCUGUGGUUUGUUUUAUGCAUGUUUUUUAUUGUGUGUUAGUGUUCAAUUGGUUCCUCAUUUAAAUUAAAUGAGAUUUGCAAAUGUGA